CCAGCCCGUCAUGCAAAAUAGAAACACGUGUCUGUAGGCGGCGCUGGGAAACUGCAAGUCUACUAAACAACAAAGACCGGCUAACACCGCAGAGGAGAGAAACAGUUAUGUCGCAGGGUGUUUUCACGAUUUGUAGCUUCAGCUUUGCCGGUUUGAUCAUGCAUUGCAGUUGGAGAUGAGAGGCGCGGAUUCAACAUGUGUUUUCCUUUCAGAGAGGACAAUGAUACGAACAUGAUCAGCGCCGAUGGCUUCUCAAAAUGCGCGGCGACUCUGCAAGAGAGAGGCAGGAGGAGGCCACCCGCAGAGAUGCUCCAUCUGCUGUCAGCUGUCAUUGUCUGGCUGGUGACGGGGACCACCAUCUCCAGCCUCAACAAAUGGAUAUUUGCCGUUUACAACUUCAGGUACCCUCUGCUGCUGUCUGCGCUGCACAUGCUGACAGCCAUAGUGGUGGACUAUGGGCUGAUCAAAUUUCGAGUGAUCCGCCACAGAGCGGACGGAGAGCAGGACCUGACCCCGAGCGCAAAAUGUAAGGUGUUCCUGUUGAGCUUGACAUUUUGUGCCAGUAUUGCUUUUGGGAACAUGGGUCUGAACUAUGUCCAGCUGUCAUUUGCACAAAUGAUCUAUACCACCACCCCACUCUUUACUCUGGCCAUAUCAACGCUGAUCCUGGGCAAACAACAUCACAUCCUCAAAUACACAGCCAUGAUGCCCAUCUGCCUGGGAGCCUCCUUCAGCAUCAUGGGAGAGGUCCAGUUCGACCAGACUGGCUGCUUCUUUGUGUUCGCAGCAACCAUGUUGAGGGGUGUCAAGUCCAUUCAGCAGAGCAUCUUGCUCCAGGAGGAGAAAAUCAACUCUGUGUUCCUGCUCUACCUGAUGUCCAUUCCUAGCUUCUGCAUCCUAGCCGUGGCAGCUCUGGCCUUAGAAAACUGGGCUCUGCUGGAGUCACCGCUGCAUUACGACCGCCACCUGUGGGUGUUUAUCUUGCUCAGCUGCCUCGGCUCGGUCAUGUACAACCUGGCCAGCUGCUGCGUCAUCACGCUCACCUCUGCCGUCACCCUGCAUAUCCUCGGCAACCUGAGCGUGGUGGGAAACCUGCUGUUGUCUCAGCUGCUCUUCGGCAGCGAGUUGUCUGCCCUGAGCUGUGCCGGCGCGGUGCUGACGUUGUCUGGCAUGCUUAUCUAUCAGAACUCAGAGUUUAUCGUCAGCUUUCUGGACGCACGCAGGGCCAAAGCUGAAAAGUCUGCACUAGUGGAUUUUCACACGGCAUGUGGAGAGGACUUUGACAAAGUUAAUACAUCUGAACCAACAUAUCAUCAGCAGAGAACAGAUGGGAAACAGGAAGACAAGAUAGACUGAACUGAAAGGAUGAAGGAGAGAAUACAAUGUUUGACGGAUAAAAUAAUGAAAACCCAGGCUGUAGUUUGCUAUCCUUUUAUGUCUGUAGGUGGUCAAGAGCAGCAGAGGGAGUGUGACCUUAUAAGGCCAUCAUACUGAGAUGAUGUGACAGAUCUUUUUAUUAUUAUUUUAUUUUUUUUUACUUCCUCACUGUGCCAGUUUAUUUCUCCUCUGGUCACACAGAAAUCUGCAGAGGGAAAAAGGUUGCCUUGUGACGAUGAUGGUUAAAUUCUCUCCUUCAUCUGUAAAUCACUCAUACAUAGCCUAUAACGGUAUAUGCAUGCAUGAGCACACUAAACUGUUUGAUACCUCAUGAGGUAUUCACACUGUCACUCAUACUACUCCACUGUGAAAAUGUUCUCAUUGACAGAGGGCUGUAAUUGAAAUUUUGGGUGGCUGGUGUGGAUAUUGCAGGCUGCAGAAAGCCUCAUGUGACACUGAGGCUCAGAGAGCACUCCGCCUCAAAUCUGAACGGGCACAAUUUGUAUAAAAAAAUAUAUAUAUUAAUGGUACUGUUACCUGACAUUCACCUGGCCCUGUCAUGGUAAGGGACUGGGUUUUUGGCAGCUUUUUUUGUUGGUUUGUGAAGCAGAAAGCUCUUAAAUGAGGAAGCUAAACUUUUAUUUAGAGUCAGAAGUUACAGAGACAGACAAAGCCAACAUUUUUAGUGCAAUGAGACGCCUCCUUUCCUCUGCUGAAGCACAUUUUUAACAAGAGGCUUGAGCUGUGUGUUUCGUCCUCCCCUAUGAACCUCAGUGUGGCUUCCCACUUAAGGCCUAGAUUUUGUUCCCAGGCGGUCUCUGUGGAAUUAGUCCAAUUAUUUCCAUCUUUUACAGCUGUGCGCUCGCUGCAGCUUUCCUUGAUAAUUAGGUGCACGAGUUCUCUAAGGAGUGUCACUCAACUUUAGCUGUCUUUUCCCCUGUGGAAGAGAUGAGGAAGAAGAAGAUUAAGAUGUCCUUUAAGGUUGCUUCUUAAAUCCUAACCAAUAUCAUCUGUUAGGUUUAAUUUUUCACUUUCUAUAGGUGAGACUUUUAAAAAAGUUCACAUCUGGAAAAACUGACCUCUGCUGGACAGUGUUAUGUUUUAUCUCAGUAUUUUAUUUUGUUACAAAACAUAUUUUAUUCCCCCCUUUUAAUAUUUAUGUGGAAGAGAAUAUUUAUUUUUGAAUGGCUAUAGCAGCCACUGGCUCUGUAAUGCUGUAAAUUUUGGUCCUCAAGUGUCUUGCACAUGCAUACAUGUAAUAUUACACUAGAUGGCACUAGUCUCUCCUGUCCUGUCUCUCCAAGUCAGAUACACGAGGCAGAAGACUGCAUGCCGCUGCUCCUGAAAGCAUCUUAAAUGAUCCAGGAUGUCUGUUGCUGUGCACUCCCUCCUACAUGUAUGUACACUCCCUCCUACAUGUAUGCCAAAUGUUUACUUUGAAAGCUUUUUUGUACACACUGUUUGGAAAUACUGGUUAUGUCAAUGACCAGAUAUGAUCACUUCUCACGUACAGUUUGAGCUCUCACAAGACGACAACAACAAAGCCAUGCGUCAAAGGUUUUUUUAUGACACCCUGCUACAUUUUCUGCAUACUUUGCCAUAAGAACAAACACAGGCAGGACUGUAUGUUGACAGAUUUUACUUCAUAUAUCACUUCAUCAUAUCAAGACACUAAGAUGCAUUUCAAAAAUCCCUAGUUGAUUAAAAAUAGAGGGGAAAAAACUUUUGUUGUUUGAUAAAUAAUUUUGUGAGAUUGUCAUUUAAAAACUGUUGUCAGCAAUUCCCAAUUACAGGUUUAACGAUUAUGUACAGUGGCUCAUUUCACUGGUUUUACAUUAUUGAAUACCUUAGCUGUUAAAUAGGACUUGUGUCCCCCGAUUAUUAACUCCUGAACUGACAUCAAGCAGCAUUUCAACAACCACAAUAAAACUGCAGCAUGUGAAUGAAGGAUUUUACUGUGUUCAGUAGAUGUCAACAUGUUUUAAGACAUACUCAUGUUGUCCUAUGAUCAGAAAUGCCUUGGCGGCCAUUUUUUAGUUUUAUAAUCAGGAUCAUGGACUUUACAAAGUUUGGCAGAUUUGGCUGCGUUCCCGUGGAUAUCAUGACAAGUAGAUGAUGAUGAGCGUGGGGCAAAGAAACCGUUGCACUGACGAGGCACGAAGACGCUGCCUUCAAAGCCUACGUUUCCUGUGUACAUACUGGUUUUGAUUGUUUGCAAAGCUAGUUUGGUGUAAAUAGUUAUUUUAUGAUAAUAAUGUAUUUUAUAGUCAUAUGUGGCUGGUUUUAACUAUACUGGUUUAAGAAUGAAACAUUUGCCUCAUGCCUUAUUUGGACAUACUGUUGGAGGAGAGAGGGGUGAUUUGGUUUGUCAUUCUGUCCAUUUUUUUGAUUCACACUUUGGAUGCCAACAGCAGCUGCAGGUGCUUCUGUAUAAGGACAAAGAUAUGGGCGAUUCAUAUACACAUGAUCUGCAACUGCUUGAGUAAUAAUUCAAUAAAUGGACUGGUACAAUAAACAAACCACCUCAUUACUGAA